AUGGAAAUUCCACGCGCGGUAGUUUUUACCGUAACGAUACGGUUAAUACAAACUUUUAAGGAUUUAAAAUUCGAGGAAAAGCGCGCGUUAUUAGAAACGAAACGUAUUACGUUUUUAAAUAACCCGUUACUGGAUAGGCCACCGGGAUUUAACGGUCUUAUAUUUGUGGAAGACUUUUGUAAUGGCGGCCAAUAA